UAUACAAAAAAUGUUUCUUUUUUGUGAUAUUUGUGUGGCAGGACCCACACAUGAUGUUUUUAUGAGAAAAAAAUAAUAAAAAAAUUGUUUCUUUUCUAUUUGUUUUUUUUAUUUUUUUUUCGUUUAAGUUCUUUAGUUGAAUUAAUAAGAAAUAUUUUUAAUUGAAAAUUAAAAAAAGAAAUACAUAAUGUGUAAGGAGAUUUUGUGUGUGUGCGUGUGUGUAUAUACCGUUUCUUAGCUAAGCAUAAGCCAUCUUUUGAAAGAUAACCUAAACUUUUUAAUUUACUGCAAAAAAAAUAGGAUGGUACAAAAUGAUACAUAAAGCAUAAAAAUAACUUAAUUAAAUAAACAACAAAUAUUAGUGUUAUAAACAAAUUAAAAUAUCUGAAAACAAAACACAAAAAAACUAUGGACUUAAAAAUGUAGACUGAUUAAUUAAAAUUCAAAAAAAAAAGAAAGGUUAUUAUAAAGAGAAAUUAAAAAUUUUUAAACUAAAAAUUUUGGGGUUUUAACAAUAGAAACGCAAUUGCAAAACUUACAAUUUAAUUUUGGUUUCUGUUCUCAUUUUGUUUUCUGUUUUUGUUUUCCCUUUUUUUGUAAUUUAGAAUGCAAAUAAUGUCAGUAAAGAUGACUCGCUAUAAGCAAGCUGAUUUCGUUGAUGAAGAUACCAGUUCGAUUGGGACCAUACAAUUAAAUGAAACAUCCGGAUCUGGAAUACAAGUUAGAUAUAAAACAAGAGGAAAUUCAUUAUGGAAAUCACUUUCGAAAUUGGAAAAAAUAUUGCUAUCAACUUGUUUUACAUUAACAUUUUGUCUAUUACUUGUAAUCUUUGUACCAAGAACAAAAGAUAUUGAUAGCACAUUUUUAAACGUCCAAAAUAGAGAUCCAUGUUUAACCGAACCUUGUAUACAUGCUGCCAGUUCUAUUUUAAAUUCAAUAGACCGUAGCAUAGAUCCAUGUGAUGAUUUUUAUAGUUUUUCCUGUAAUCAAUGGAUAGCUAAAAAUCCUUUACCAGAUGGAAAAUCAAUUUGGGGUACAUUUGGAAAGUUAGAGCAACAAAAUCAAAUAGUUAUUAAAAAUUAUUUAGAGAAACCAGAUCAAUAUUUUACAUCAGAAGCUGAGAAAAAAGCAAAAUUUUAUUAUGAAUCAUGUAUGGAUGAAGAUGGUAUUGUUGAGAAAUUGGGUGCUGAACCAAUGAAAAAAUUCAUUAAAAAUUUUGGAGGUUGGAAUAUAACAGAUAGUGAUUAUGAUAUAUCAAGUUGGACUUUAGAAGAGCAUUUAAAAAUACAAAAUAGAUAUAAUAUGAAUGGAUUUUUUACAUGGGGUGUGGCUGAAGACGAUAAAAAUUCUAGUAGAAAUAUAAUAAGUAUUGAUCAAGGUGGUUUAAAUUUACCUACGCGUGAUCAUUAUCUUAAUAAAACCGGGCAUGAAAAAGUUUUAAAAGCCUAUUUAGAUUAUAUGACAAAAGUAGCUGUAUUAUUAGGAGCUAAUGAAAAUGAAGCUAAGCGUCAAAUGCAAGAAAUAAUUGAUUUUGAAACAGAAAUAGCACAAAUUACAGCUCCGUUAGAUGAACGUAGAAAUGAUGAAAAACUUUAUAAUGCUAUGACAUUAAGAGAAUUACAAAUAAAAGCUGGAUUCAUUGAUUGGGUUGAUCAUUUUUCGGAUGCAUUCAGUAUAGUCAAUCGUACCAUAACAAAUGAUGAACCUGUUGUUGUUUAUGCACCAGAAUUUUUUCAAAAUUUGUCAACUUUAAUAAUAAUGUAUAAAAAAACUUCAGAAAAAAGGACGAUAUUAGCAAAUUACUUGGUAUGGCAAGCUGUUAGAUCAUUAACAUCAUGUUUAUCAAAACCAUUUCGUGAAGCAUAUAAAGGUUUACGUAAAGCAUUAGUUGGAUCAGAAGGAUCUGAAGAACCAUGGCGCUAUUGUGUUUCAGAUACACAUAAUGUAUUAGGUUUUGCAAUUGGUGCAAUGUUUGUACGUGGUGUUUUUCACGGUGAAUCAAAACCAGCUGCUGAACUUAUGAUUAAUCAAAUACGUGAGGCCUUUAUAAAAAAUUUGAAAACAUUAGAUUGGAUGGAUAAAAAUACAUCAAAACUAGCUGAAGAGAAAGCAAAUGCUAUAACAGAUAUGAUAGGUUUUCCAGAUUAUAUAUUAAAUAAAACAAAAUUGGAUGAAAGAUAUUUUGAUUUAAAAAUAAAUAAAACAGAAUAUUUUGAUAAUAAUAUUAGAGUAAAUAUAUAUAAUUUAAAAAAAAAUUUAGAAAAAUUAAAUGAACCAGUUAAUAAAACAACAUGGGGUAUGACACCACCAACAGUAAAUGCAUACUAUGCACCAACAAAAAAUCAAAUUGUAUUUCCAGCUGGCAUAUUACAAUUACCAUUUUAUGAUUUAAAUUAUCCGCGUAGUUUAAAUUUUGGUGGUAUGGGUGUUGUUAUGGGUCAUGAAUUAACUCAUUCAUUAGAUGAUCAAGGUAGAGAAUAUGAUAAAUUUGGUAAUCUAAAAAGAUGGUGGGAAAAUAAAAGUAUAGAUGAUUUUAAUAAUAAAACAAAAUGUUUUAUAGAACAAUAUGAAAAAUAUCAAAUAAAUGGAAAAAAAUUAAAUGGCAAAAGAACAUUAGGUGAAAAUAUAGCAGAUAAUGGUGGUUUGAAAGCGGCAUAUCAUGCUUUUCUAAAUUCAAAAAGUGAUAAUGAAGCUGAUAUUUUACCAUUACCUGGUCUAAAUAUGACACAUAAACAAUUAUUUUUUAUAGCUUUUGCUCAGGUUUGGUGUACAACAUUAACAAGUGAAGCUGCAACAUUACAAGUUGAAAAAGAUAAUCAUACACCACCAAAAUAUCGUGUUAUAGGAACUUUAUCAAAUUUUGAUGAAUUUUCGCGGGAAUUCAAUUGUAAACUUGGAACGAAUAUGAAUCCACAAAAGAAAUGUGAGGUCUGGUAAUAUGUAUGUAUAUAUAUAAUAUAUAUACAUAUAUAUAUAUAUAUAUAUAUGUUUAUAUAAACAUAAAUAUAAAUAUACUUAUUUAAUGUAGAUACAUGUAAAGUACGUAAUUUUAGAAAUAUAAUUAAAAAAAAAAGAAAAAAUUUUAGAAAUAAAACCUAAACAUUCACAACCAUACAUAUAUGAAAAUAAUUUAGUAGAGUAUUUAAAAUGAAAAUAUUGUCAUUAUUAUUUUUUCAACAAGCAAUAAUUUUUCUAUUACUCUAAAAUGCAGAUCUAACAUGAAUUUUGUUUAUUCAGCAGAUAAAAUUAUAUAUUGUUGAAUAAGUUAAAUUGAUUUCAGAAAGCAUUUUUAUGUAGACGCGUUGCUAUUUUUUAAAUUCCAAGCCGAAAAACAAUAAAAAUAGAUUAAGUUUAGCAAUAAAACUUUUCCUACAAUGAAAACUUACAAAAUUUUAGCUGAAAUAUCGCCAAAACAUAAAAUAUUUCAUAAUAAGUUGUUUGAAUUUGGUUGUUUAUUAGAGUAUCUCUUAUAAAAUAGCGAAAGAGUAUUUCAAAUCAAAACCAUAAAAAUUUACAAAAAGUGGGUAAGGAAAAAGAUUUUAAAUGCCUUUUUUAUAUUUUAUGUACCGCAUUGCAUUUAUUAAGGGAGGUCUUUUUUUCGUAUCCAAAAUUCAAAUUUCAAUUGAAAAUUUCAAUGAAAUUCAGAAUCUUUGUAUUAAAGAAAUAUACACAAGAAUUGUCGUUAACAAAAUUUCUAAUUUACAUGAGAUUUCUUUCAUAAAAUUAACGAAACUUCAGGGCAUUUUAUUUUAUUAGUGUGUUCCCAGGUACGCCUUUUGUACUUUUGAAUAAACUCAAGAUUAAGAUAUUUCCUUAAAGGAAACAUUUCCGACCUCAUAUAGCAUAUAUAACGUAUUUUUGUUCAGAAUUAAAUUCUAAGUCUAACUAGAUCAUGCCUAACCGUCCGCUCGUCUGUGUGUCCGGUUAAAUUCGUAUAUUGCUGAAAUACUCAUUUGGGAAUGCACGCAAGAGUUUUACAGGUUGCAGAUUGGUAUUGAAAAUAAACAAAAGUACCCACUGAGCAGAGCUCUGGUACUUUCUGCACAAAUUUCGUGUAGGGGUUUCAAAAACAAAUUCACCAAAUAUAAAGCCAUACCGUACAUCAUUGAAAAACUUCUACGUCAUACCUGACUUAGAAAUCAUAGGAUAAUAUGGCCAUACCUGACAUUUUUAUUAUAAUCACUGCGAAACGUGAUGAAUUCUACAAUUUUGAUACUAUGAAGUAGAAAGUUUUGCACACAAACUUCGUAAUAUUUUUUAAAAGUUAUGAAAAAUUUUAGUAGAAGCUCAAUGUAGUGCAGAAUUUUUUGUGCAGAAAAAUCAAGAGAAUAAAUCAGUUGUUUAUUUAUAAAUCAGAAUUUAUUUUCCUUAAACAUUCAGAUAAUUAUCUUCGAAUCAUAGGUCUCUCUGAAACAUAUUUUCUAUUUUAUCAAACAAAAAUCAAAUUACAUACCUUAGAAUAGAAAUCGCAAUAAUACUAUUUUAUCACAGAAAUUUCACUUAAAAGAUACUCACAGCUUUCUAUUUAAAUAUACACAGCCUGAAAUUCAUAGAAACAAUAAAUAAUACAAGUAUGGGUAUUAAAAACUAACUGUAAGUGAUUUCGAUGGUAUAAAUUAUAUAGUAAUUAUUUAUUAAAUUUAUGACUUCAUAAAUUUAAUAAAUAAUUACUAUAUAAUUAAUAUGCUAACUUUAAUAUUGUAGUUAUUGGGUUGCAAUUAUAAAAUAAUACGAUAUACAGUAAGUAAGCUGAAUUGUAUAAUAAUGCUAUACCACUACAAUUUAGGAUAUGUUACGUUGAAUAUUAAAAAUAUUACAGAAAUACGGUUUCGUACGAUGCGCCAUUACCAUCAGAAAGAUGUCAGGGAAAAUCUAACAAAAUCGUUCGUACGAAACCAUAUUUUUGUAUUAUUUUAAAGAACCGUUUUCAACUAUAGUUUUCCUGUUUAUUUAAACAAUUAUAGUGAUAAAUUUAAUAAUUAAUUGAAAAAAAAAAUUAUCAUUAAAAUAUUUUUAUUUAAAGAAAAUCAAAAUAUAACUUUAUAUCUAGUUUGCAGUUUUAGGAUAGCUUUAAUAUCACAAUAAUAUUUUGCGGUUAUUAAUCUAAUUCAAAUUAUAAAUUGUAAUUGCUAAAUUCUAUCUAGUAACACAAUAUUAUUGAAAUUGAAAAAAGUUCUAUAUGAAUACUUUUCAAUUAACCCAAAAUAAUGGAUCUGGAUUGCAGUUUUAACCUAGCUUCAAAAUCAUAAUACCAUUUUGCGGUUACCAAUCACUUCAGCUUAUAAACUGUGAUUGCCGAAUUGUGUAUAGUAAUACAAUAUUACUAGAAUUUUAAAGUUAUAUGAAUACUUUGCCAAUUACCAAAUUUAGCCUGUAAGCUUUAAUUGCUGAAUUGUAGAUUAACUUAGUAUUAUUGCAAUUUAAAUGCUAGAAUAAAUAAAUAUUAAAUCAAAUUGAAAUAUUUAGAAACGAAUUUUUCAAAAAAUAAAAUUAUGUUUUCAUAACUUUUAUUUUUAUAACUUUUCUCACAUGUACUUUAAUUAUAUAGCAUUAUAAAUAAUAAUUAAAUGUUUUAGUAUUUGUGUAUUGUUAUUGUAUAGAAAAACAGAAACUCAAAAAAAAAAAAAAACAGAGAUAAAAAGAGAUAGGAAGUCAAAAUAUAUAUUUAUAUUUCCCUAUAUGUAUAUAUCAAAAGAAAAAUAUUUUAUAUAUAUAUAUAUAUGUAUAUAUAAGGAAAACUCCCCAACUAAAUUCGAAAUU